AAACAAGUGUGGAGCCACGUGACAGACCGAAGGAAGGUUUAGCUUCAUUUAACGUACUCGAUACUUCAUAUAUUUGCUACUACAAUAUAUUAAUCUGUCAUAUGUAAGCUUUAAUCGCUGCAUCAGCCCAGCGACGUGCUGUUAAUGUUUGAUGCACAUUAAUAUUAGAAACAUCGAUUGCUAUUAAAUAAAACUUCGAUCUGUUAUCAUCUCAUAUCAUGACUUCUGGCACAUCUGUUAUUAAUGACAAAGUCUUGCAGUAUGAGACAUUCAUCAGUGAAGUAUUAAGACGAGACCUGCAGAAAGUGCUGGAGCAAAGAGAUGCUGUGUAUGAGAAAAUCGCACAAUACCUGCAGCUGAAGAACACAAUACAAAGCAUUCAGGAAAGCGGCAGCAAAGAACUGAAAACCGAUGUUGACCUUGGCUGCAAUUUCUAUGUGCAGGCUCAUGUACCUGAUGCAUCAAGAAUAUAUGUGGCAGUCGGAUAUGGAUUCUUUGUCGAAUUCACGCACGCAGAGGCUUUGAAGUUCAUUGAAAAGAAGACAAAUCAGCUCACAGAGUAUACUGAAGUUCUUACCAAAGAUGCAGCAAAGAUAAAAGCCAACAUUCGCAUGGUUCUGGAGGGGUUGAGGGAAUUGCAAGGACUGAAGGAUCUUCCAGAGGACAGAAGGAGAGAGGUGUUUUAGUACCAUACACCAAUCACAGCACAGUGUAUUCAUCUUUGCACAUAUGACUGCAAUGUUUGUUUCAAACAAUGUGAACAUUAUGGCAAUCAUGUUCAGAAGAACGUUGCCUUUUAACAGGUUGUACUGUUGUUUCCAGAAAUAGCUGCUGAAUAAAGUGUAAAAUUUUUCAGUUAA